UCUUUCUCAAUUUGCCUUUGUUGAGCCAUAAUUAACUCAUCCUGAUUAUAUUGUGGGGCAUCUUCAGUGGCAGUGGAUGAAUUUUUCGCUUCGUCGCCCAUUAUUUCGAAUUCCAAGUGAGAAAUAAAGAACUUAAAUCGAUCAGAAUAGUAAGGGAAAUGGGCUUCAAAACGUGGAUCUUUUUUAAUUUUUUUAUGAGUUCAUACAUGGUUCUAGUUUCUGGUAGAAGUUUAACACUUUUUUUUGAUAAUUACCAACCUAUCAUUUCCAAGAUCGACAAAAAAUUUCUGAGUGUGGCUUUGGACUCGUCAGUAAUUCAGAAUGGCUUCAAGAAAUUCAAUAUGUCGGAUCCAAAACUGGUGAAAAUGAUAAGUCAUAUUUCCCCAGCUUAUUUUAGAGUUGGCGGAAAUAUGGCUGAUCGCCUGAUCUUUGUACCGAAUGGAGAAAAAUCUAAUUCAAUUUCGAAUUAUUCAGAGGAGAUUGAACAAUGUUCCCAUGAAUUUUGUAGUUAUGCAGCAACAGCAAAUUUCUCGAUGUACGGUAAGGACUGGUUACUCCUGAACAACCUGACCAAAAAAUCCAAUUUAGAAAUGGUAUUCGAUCUGAACGUCUUGAGGAGAUUUCAGAAUAACACCUGGGACUCGAGAAAUGCAGAGGAACUCAUCAAAUUCUCGGACAGACACAGACUGAAUGUGAAUUGGCAGCUGGGGAAUGAGCCCAAUUCCUUCCGUCACACAUUCAACUACGAAGUUAACGCCAGCCAGUUAGCUGCUGAUUUCAGAAUGCUCAAACGGAUUCUUAAGAAAUACGAGAGAUACGCCAAAUCGUAUGUCAUUGGUCCUGAUACCACGAGGCCCGAAAUUGAGCACAAAGAGAGUAUGAAAUACUUGGAGGAUUUCCUGAAGAAUGGUAAAGGCGCUGUCGACAUUGUCAGUUGGCACCAGUAUUAUUUCAACGGCAGAACUGCGACAGAAUCCGAUUUUCUAGAUCCAGCAAUUUUCGAUAUUUUGAAUUGGCAGAUCGAUGUAGUCAAACAGAUUCAGAAAAUAACGAACACGGGCGAUAAGAAAGUUUGGCUAGCUGAAACAUCAUCGGCAUGGGGUGGCGGUUCACCGAUGUUCUCCGAUAAAUUUAUAGCUUCCUUUAUAUGGUUGGACAAGCUUGGAGUAGCAGCUAAAAAAGGGUUGGAUGCUGUUGUUCGACAAUCAGUUUUCCAUGGAAAUUACGCUCUGAUAUCGGAUAAUCUGCAGCCAAAUCCUGACUACUGGAUCAGUGUACUCUACAAAAACUUAGUUGGGGCACAAGUGAUCAAUUGCUUCAAUGCGACUUCCAGUAAAGUUAGACUUUAUUGUCACUGUACCAGCGAUGCUAUCCGAAAAAAUCCUAUUUCCCUGAUAACUGUUUACGGAAUGAAUAUGCAGGAUACUCCUGCUAAAAUACGAAUUCUGGGUUUGGACGAUGAUAUUCCAACUUCUCAAAAGAUCGUUGCAUACACUAUAUCCAGCAAUGGAUCACUUCUAGGAAAGGACGUUUAUUCGAGUGGUGUACUGCUGAGGCUCACACCGUCAAACGAAUUACCUCACUUCAAUUACACAAUCGUGAAUGCUAAACCCUAUGUGCUCAUGCCACCAUUUUCGAUAGUUUUUUGGAUUGUACCGACGAAAAGUAGAAUUUGUUAUUGAAAGAGUUCAUUUUUUGACUCAUCUCAACUUGUAUACACAUCCAUUUCUGGGUCAUAUUUUAUAUUGUUGAAAAUUUUACGAAUAAAAUCAGAUAUUAGUAAA